AUGGAAGUAUCACAGUAUUAUCAGCAUCAAUCAUUCUGCAACAAGUGUUGCAGAGUGAUCAGAACACCAAUGAUCAGCAUCGAGAGUGGACGCCGUAGAAUGGACUACUGCUCAAUGAGAUGCUACUCAACGUGCAGCAACAAGAAUAAGACCAAAGAACGGACUUUGUCCACCGGCAGUAACAACAGUAACACCAAUAUCAAUAUCAUCAAUGAUCAUGCUACCAACAACAAUGGCAGCAACAACAGUGGAAUUAACAAAUCCACUUAUCCAAACAUGUGUCUUGUA